AUGGUGUUGAACCGCCAGUCGUUGAAGGAGGAAUCGGGAUCCUACACGCCUCGCCUGGUCGCGGUGUUCUACGCCGUCUUCGACCCGACAGUUGGUCCUCGAGUGGUGCACCAGAUUCCUGAGGGAAGCGUUGCGACUGCGCUCUCGACGAUUCCCUCGCGGUCAGAGACGCCGGCAAACGAACUUCGAGCGUCGCUGUCACCCGCGUCAACCGCCAGCCGCGGCGUCGACGUGACAGACGACGCUGCUCCUCGCGCCAACCCUGUCCUCUUCGAUUUUGCGUCCAUCAUCGACUUUGUCAUCCCCAAACCCGAGCUCUGCGGUCACCUGAUCACCAAGGCGACGCGGACGUCCAAGAUUCUCGGCUUCCCCGUCCGGAUCGUCGACGAGGAGAAAUACCACGGUAGCCAGGCCGUUUACAACCGCAACGCCUUCAUCUUUAACCUCUGCUUCGUCUUCGAACGCGAUGCCGAGCUGUCCGUGUUCGAGCCGGUCGUGCGCAAGACGGGUCGGACCUUACGCGAGAUGGAGGAGCAGUCGUCCCUGCUCUCGUCGCCUCCGCCCACCUUUUCGAUGGCCAACCUUCUCGAACAGCUGUACCUCGACCUGAACGCUUACUGCGAGACGAGCAUUCCCCUCGUCGACACCGACCUCGUACUCGGCCUCUUUCCCUUCUACGCUAAUCCUCCCGACGUCAAGAUCUGGGACGUCCCGCUCGCUGUGGCCAACAUUGAGCAGCUGAAGAGCUACUCGUGGGACGUCACCUUAUUCAAGAUCUGCAGCUUCAUCGACGGCGUCAACCACGUCAAGCGGAUCGCAGAACUCGCCGAGGUCGACUUGUAUCUCGCAAGGCAGUGUAUCCAGCACCUCGUCUACUACAACGCCGUCAUCAUCGUCGACAUCUUCCAGUUCUCCAAUUCGUAUGCGGUUCUGCCCGACAUCGCAGACGUGGCGCAGUACGGCGAGGAGGACGAUGAGGGCGUGACGGACCUGCGAACCGAGUGCGAGAACUACGUCUUCAACGGCUCGCGCGACGCAACGCCCGUCCCCUUCGCCACUCUUCUCACCUACUACUCGCGACUUCGCUCCGGUUUGGCGGUCAGCGACUGGAUGGACGACCUCUCGCUCGACACGCAGCCCAUUGACGUCCGUCGCAUGAUUCAGUUCGGCGUCAUCAAGGGUUUCUUGCGACGAGUGCACGCCUUCCCAGUCUGGCUCGACCACCCGACUCUGCGGCCGCGAUCCGCCAUCAGCGAAACUGCCGGUACCGCCGCUUCGGCCGGCGCGAACCGAACACGGCGGCACCGCGGCUCGAACACGAGCGCAAAGCGUCGACUCGAGACAUCGCUCGACGGUGCGCAACCUCCGCGAGACGCGCCUGCCCGACCACAACACUCGACUCUCGCUCAACCCGCUUCUGAACCCGCCGCGCUGCCCGAAGACGACGACGCGACAGGCCCACUCGUCACCUACCCUCAUUCGCUCACCCUCAUGUUUGACGGCUCGCAUCACACGGAUGAGAUCUGUCUCAAGUACUCGUGUAGCUGGCGAACGCUCGAGAUGGUCUUGCGAGACUUGGGGUCGAAGGGCGGGAGGGGCGAAGAGCUGGAGAGUGAAGAGGAUGAGGAGCGUUUCACGGAUGGCAAACGGAGAGGCAGUACCGGCGCGGGGCAGGAGGGCGUGUACGGCGAGCGAGUGGUCAUGAUGUUCGUGUAG